AUGCCUAAGGAUUUAGAUUACAGCGCCGUAUGUAGCCUCCCUCUAUUUAGCAGUGUUGACCAGCCUCCCUCUAUUGCAUCGCCGUAUGUAGCCUCCCGUAUGGACUGUUUGUACGUUGACAGACAUGUCGUCAAGCUUGACCUCAAAAAUCCAGUUCCUGUCUUUGACACAAGAACAAAUGAAGUUAGUAAAGCUUUCAAGAAAUCAUGCUUGGGGGAUAAGAUAAGCCCUUCUUUACUCGAAUUAAAGCUUUUGAGUUACCGAGACCUAAGCCUGAAUUAUUUUAAUGGAGACGAUAUUCCAACUUUUUUGGGUUCCCUUGAAAGUUUGAGGUAUCUUAACCUCUCGUUUUCAUCUUUUGGUGGAGUUAUUACUCCUCAUCUUGGUAAUCUAUCACGGCUCCAAUAUCUGGACCUCAAUUCACUUUCAUUCUUUGACAUCUUUUCAAGAUUGGAAGUCGAAAGCUUACACUGGCUUGCUGGUUUUCCUUCCCUUAAGUACCUUAGCAUGAGUCAUGUGGUAAACCUCUAUAAAGCAUCAGAUUGGCUACAGGCGGUUAAUGUGCUCCCUUCCUUAUCGGAGUUACACUUGGAUAAUUCCCUACUUGAAGGUCAGUUACCAUCUAGUUUGGGAAACUUGACCAACUUGCAUAUAUUGGAUUUAUCUGGUAACAAAUUUAUAGGAGAGAUACCGAGCUCAUUUGCCAACCUUUCCCAAUUGCAAACGUUUGAUCAAAAGUCCAACAACGAACUUUUCCUUUCCAAAAAUCAAAUGAAUGGAAGUAUUUCAGAAACCAUUGGGAAUCUAUCAAUGCUGGUUUCCUUGUACCUGGAUUACAAUUUUUGGGAAGCCAAUUACCUGUCAGGGGGAAUCCCUCCAUGUCUGGGGAACUUGAGUACUAGCAAUGAUGAUGAUCGUGAUUUUUCUCCUGAUUUUGGGGAAAUGUUCGUGGUUAUGAAAGGAGAAAUACCUGACAAUAUAACAAGCCUAUCAAAGUUUAUCAACAUGAAUUUGUCUGCGAAUCAAUUAAAUGGAAAAAUUCCUGAAAACAUUGGGAAUAUGCACGAUUUAGAAUCGCUUGAUCUCUCAAGAAGUGAGCUUUCUGGUCCAAUCCCCAAAAGUUUGUCUGCUUUGAACUUUUUAAGUCACUUGAAUUUGUCAUUCAACAACUUGUCGGGACAAGUGCCAUAUGGAAAACAGCUUCAAACACUGAAUGACCCAUCUAUUUAUGAAGGUAACUAUCUACUUUGUGGCCCUCCUCUUCCGAACAAGUGUCCAGGCUUUGAAACUGAACCUAGAGGAUCACCAGAUGGUCUACGAUUGUGCAGGCAUUUCGGCUUGCGGGAUAUAUUGGUCGAGUUGGACUCAACGGUUAUAGUUGGAUGGUUGGCAUCGGGGGUAUGCAAGUAUUGGUUUCUAUGGAAAUUUUGGGAGGAAGUUAAAGCUCUUGUUUCUGAACUCAAUGUCCGCUUUGGUCAUAUUUUUAGAGAAGCUAAUAUGGUCGCAGAUUUUUUAGCAAAGCAGGGGACUCAAUGGCUUGAGAAGCCUCGAUCUUCGAGAAAACAAAUUAUUUGGAAACCUAUCGGCAUGGAUAUGAGAAAGCUUAUGUGGAUAUACAUUGUUUUGAUGGCUAGCAAGAUGAAGAUACACAUUGUUUUGGAAUUUGUGACUGGUGGGGAGCUGUUCGACAAAAUUGCAAGUAACGGGCGGUUGAAGGAAGAUGAAGCUAGAAAGUAUUUUCCGCAAUUUAUUAAUGCUGUGGACUACUGUCAUAGCAAAGGUGUAUUUCAUAGAGACCUAAAGCCAGAGAAGCUACUGCUUGAUGCUAAUGGUGUUCUCAAAGUUUCAGAUUUUGGAUUGAGUGCGGUACCACAACAAGUUUGA